GCCGAGCCGGGCGGUGGGAGGAGGUCAGGAUGGUGGGGGAACGGCGCACUGGGGACCUCAUGGUGCCUUUGGGGCCUCGGCUGCAGGCAUAUCCUGAAGAACUUCUUCGACAGCGUCCUGGACACGAUGGACGUCCUGAAUACCUGAUCCGGUGGAGCGUCCUGAAGUGUGGGGAAGUGGGUAGAGUGGGUGUGGAAGAGGGCAAGGCAGAGCACAUCCUCAUGUGGCUGUCAGCCCCCGAGGUCUAUGCCAAUUGCCCCAUGCUGCUAGGUGAGUGGGCACUAUCUAAAGGACCUCAGCGUGAACCAGCGGGGGGUUCAGGAAGCUUUCCCCGAGAUCCAGGAGGCCUGGAUGAUGUGGCAAUGGGAGAGAUGGAAGCUGAUGUACGGGCGCUGGUGCAGAGGGCUGCCAGGCAGCUGGCAGAAGGUGGGACCUCGAGCCUCACGGCUGCUGUGCUCCACACCAUCCAUGUGCUUAGUGCCUACGCCAGCAUCGGGCCCCUCACUGCGGUCUUCAGGGAGACAGGAGCCCUGGACCUGCUCAUGCACAUGUUGUGCAACCCUGAGCCUCAGAUCCGUCGGAGUGCGGGCAAGUUGCUGCAGGCUCUGGCAGCCCACGAUGCUGGGAGUCGGGCUCACGUCCUUCUGUCACUGAGCCAGCAAGAUGGCAUCGAGCAGCACAUGGACUUUGACAGCCGCUAUACUUUGCUGGAGCUGUUUGCAGAGACCACAUCCUCUGAGGAGCACUGCAUGGCCUUUGAGGGCAUUCAUCUGCCUCAGAUCCCAGGAAAGCUGCUCUUCUCCCUGGUGAAACGCUACCUAUGUGUCACCUCCUUGCUGGAUCAGCUGAAUAACAGUCCAGAGCCAGGGGCUGGAGACCGAGGCUCCCUGUCCCCAGGGGAGGAGUUCGCCCGGGAGAAAAGCCGGGGGCAGCGGGAGCUGGAGUUCAGUAUGGCUGUGGGCAACCUCAUCUCAGAGCUGGUGCGGAGCAUGGGCUGGGCCCAGAACCUCGGCGAAAGGGGCAUGUCGCCUCCCCGGCCAUCCCGGUCCAUCUUUCAGCCCUGGAUUUCAGGCCCCAGCGGUGUACUCCCCACCAUGGUUACCACCCCCAGAAAGCAAGAACGGGCCUUCCGCCAGCGUUAUGAAUUCUCUAGCCGUAGUGGCUAUGGUGAAUACGUGCAACAGACACUGGUGCCAGGGAUGCGAGUGCGGAUGCUGGAUGAUUACGAGGAGGUCAGUGCUGGGGAAGAGGGCGAGUUCCGGCAGAGCAACAAUGGCGUGCCCCCGGUGCAGGUCUUCUGGCAGUCGAUGGGUCGCACCUACUGGGUGCACUGGCACAUGCUAGAGAUACUGGGCCCUGAGGAAGCUGCUGUGGAUACAGCUUCCGCAGCCGUGGAGAAGGGGGCAGGGCCCACUCUGUUGGGCACAGCACUUCCCUCCUGGGACUGGAAGCCUGUGGACGGGCUCUACUCUUUGCCAUAUCUCCAGCCUGAGCCUCAGAAGAAUGAGAAGCUGGGAUACCUGACCCAGGCUGAGUGGUGGGAACUGCUCUUCUUCAUCAAGAAGUUGGACGUAUGUGAGCAGCAGCCAAUUUUUCAGAAUCUUCGGGAGAACCUGGAUGAGACCCUGGAUGAAAAGGCCCUCGGUGAAAUCUCCGUGCCCAAAGAGGUGGCUGAAGGCGUGCUGCAGGUUCUCUGGAAUCGGUUUGAGGGGAGCACCCUCAGUGACCUGCUCAACUCCAAAAUCUACACCAAGUACGGGCUGCGACCUGCUGAACUAAGCAGCUCCUCAUCUUCACGAAGUCGCUCCUGUACCCCAGAUCCAGAAGAGGAGUUCAAGUCAGAGGCCAGGUUCUCAGAGGAAGAGACCGAGUCCCCCGAAGCAAAGGCUGAGCCCCACAGAGCAGAGGCAGAGCCUUCCAAGGGAAAAACUGAGCCCCCCAUGGCACAGAGUGAUUCACAACUGUUUAACCAGCUUCUGCUGACGGAGGGCAUGACUCUGUCCCCCGAAAUAAAGGAGGCAGCUAAUGAAAUGGCUAGAGCCUUGCGGGGUCCAGGUCCACGCAGCUCCCUGGAUCAGCAAGUGGCGGCUGUUGUGGCUACUGUGCAGAUAUCCAGCUUGGACACAAACCUGCAGCUUUCAAGCCUCAAUGCCCUUUCUCAGGCUGUGGAGGAGGUCACUGAGCGGGACCACCCUCUGGUCCGUCCUGACAGAUCCCUGAGAGAGAAGCUAGUGAAGACACUGGUGGAGCUGCUGACCAACCAGGUGGGAGAGAAGAUGGUGGUGGUGCUGGCCCUGCGCCUCCUGUACUUGCUCAUGACCAAGCAUGAAUGGCGCCCCCUCUUUGCCAGGGAGGGUGGCAUCUACGCUGUGCUGGUUUGCAUGCAAGAAUACAAGACUUCUGUCUUGGUGCAGCAGGCGGGGCUGGCGGCAUUGAAGAUGCUGGCCAUUGCCAGUUCCUCGGAGAACCUCGAUAUUUUUACGAGCCAAGAUUCUGUCCAUCCAUUGUUUGAUGUGCAGAUGACCAGAGAGAUCUUCGCCAGCAUCGACUCAGCCACCCGCCCAGGCUCUGAGAGCCUGCUCCUUACCAUCCCUGCAGCGGUGAUCUUGAUGCUGAACACUGAGGGGUGCUCCUCUGCAGUGAGAAAUGGCCUGAUCCUGCUCAGCCUGCUUUUGUGCAACCACCACACCCUGGGAGACCAGAUCAUCACCCAAGAGCUGAGAGACACCUUGUUUAGGCACUCAGGGAUAGCCCUGGGGACGGACCCCAUGCCCACCACACGCACCAUCCUCAUGAUGCUCCUCAACCGCUACUCGGAGCCGCCGAGCAGUCCUGAGCGCACAGCAACACUGGAGCCCCUCGGUGCCCAGGGCCAGGAUGGGUCCCCCGAGCUGCAGAUCCGGUCCCUGGUUGGAGGCCCAUCUGCAGAACUCCUCCUGGACUUGGAGCGUGUGCUGAGCCGUGAGGGGGGUCCUGGGGGUGCCUUGAGGCCCCUCCUCAAGCGCCUCCAGGAGGAGGCCCAGCCCUUCCUCCUGUUGCUGCGGACUCUGGAUGCCCCCGGGCCCAACAAAACCCUGCUGCUGACUGCGCUGGGGGUCAUGACCCAGCUGCUGGAUUACUCUGAGGCAAUGGCCCUUCCCUGGCAUGAGGUCUUGGAGCCCUGCCUCAACUGCCUGAGUGGCCCCAAUAGUGACUCUGAGGUUGUUCAGGAGCUGCUCCGCUUCCUGCACCGCCUGGCCUCCGCGCACAAGGACUACGCGGUGGUGCUCUGCUGCCUGGGAGCCAAGGAGGCCCUCUCCAAAGUCCUGGACAAGCACUCGGCGCCGGUGCUGCUGGCCUGCGAGCUUCGCGACCUGCUGACCGACUGCGAGAAGCACUCCCAGCUGUACAGCAGCCUCACCUCCAGCAUCCUGGCUGGCUGCAUUCAGAUGGUGCUGGGCCAGAUCGAAGACCACAGACGAACCUACCAGCCCAUCAACAUCCCCUUCUUUGACGUGUUCCUCAGGCAUCUCUGCCAGGGCUCCAGUGUGGAAGUGAAGGAGGACAAGUGCUGGGAGAAGGUGGAGGUGUCCUCCAACCCGCACCGGGCCAGCAAGCUGACGGACCGCAACCCCAAGACCUACUGGGAGUCCAAUGGCAGCACCGGCUCCCACUACAUCACCGUGCACAUGCGCCGUGGUAUUCUUGUUAGGCAGCUGACUCUGUUGGUGGCCAGUGAAGACUCCAGUUACAUGCCGGCCAGGGUGGUGGUGUAUGGGGGUGACAGCACCAGCUGCAUCAGCACGGAGCUCAACAUGGUGAAUGUGGUGCCUUCUGCCAGCCGGGUGGUCCUCCUGGAGAACUUGAACCGCUUCUGGCCCAUCAUCCAGAUCCGCAUAAAGCGCUGCCAGCAGGGCGGCAUCGACACCCGAGUGCGGGGUGUGGAGGUCCUGGGCCCCAAGCCCACUUUCUGGCCACUGUUCCGAGAGCAGCUGUGUCGCCGUACAUGUCUCUUCUACACAAUCCGGGCACAAGCCUGGAGCCGGGACAUAGCAGAGGACCGCAAGCGCCUCCUCCAGCUCUGUCCCAGACUGAACAAGGUUUUGCGCCAUGAACAGAAUUUUGCUGAUCGCUUCCUCCCUGAUGACGAGGCCGCGCAAGCGCUGGGCAAGACCUGCUGGGAGGCCCUGGUCAGCCCCCUGGUGCAGAACAUCACCUCCCCCGAUGCGGAAGGUGUGAGCUCCCUGGGAUGGCUGCUGGGUCAGUACUUAGAGCAGAGGGAGAGCUCCCGGAACCCCCUGAGUCGAGCAGCAUCCUUUGCCUCUCGAGUUCGUCGCCUUUGCCAUUUGCUGGUGCAUGUGGAGCCUCCCCCGGGACCUUCUCCUGAGCCAUCCUCUCAGCCCCCCAGCAAGAACAGUAAGGGUCAGGAUCGGAGCCCUGGGCCUUCACCUGUUCUUCCGAGCAGUAGCCUGAGGAACAUGACGCAGUGCUGGCUGAGCGUGGUGCAGGAGCAGGUCAGCAGGUUCCUGGCUGCAGCCUGGUGGGCCCCAGACUUCGUGCCUCGUUACUGUGCACUCUAUGAGCACUUGCAGAGAGCAGGCUCAGAGCUCUUUGGGCCUCGGGCAGCCUUCACGCUGGCCCUGCACAGUGGCUUCUCAGGCGCCUUGCUGCAGCAGUCCUUUCUCACGGCUGCUCACAUGAGUGAGCAGUUUGCCAGACACAUCGACCAGCAGAUUCAGGGCUGCCUGGUUGGCGGAACCCCUGGAGCAGACAUGCUGGGGCAACUUCAGCGGCACCUGGAGCCCAUCAUGGUCCUUUCUGGCCUGGAGCUGGCCACUACUUUUGAGCACUUUUACCAGCACUACAUGGCGGACCGUCUCCUGAGCCUGGGCUCCAGCUGGCUGGAGGGGGCCGUGCUGGAGCAGAUCGGUUCCUGCUUCCCCAACCGCCUCCCCCAGCAGAUGCUGCAGAGCUUGAGUGCCUCCGAGCGGCUGCAGUGCCAGUUCCACCUCUUCCAGCUCCAGCGGCUUGACAGGCUGCUCUUGGAGCAGGAGGAUGAGGAAGAACAGGGCCUGGAAGAAGAGGAGGUAAGAGCAAGGGAGAAGAAGAGCGGGAGAACAGGAGAGGAAAGAAGGGAGCCCAAGAGCCCUCGAAAUUCUUCUCUCUCUCAGGAGGAAGAGGAAGAAGAGGAGUCUGGGAAAGAAGUAUUUAUCGAGGACCCAGGCCCAACAGUUUCUAUACUGGUCCUGUCACCACGCUGCUGGCCCGUCUCCCCACUCUGCUACCUGUACCAUCCCAGAAAGUGCCUUCCCACAGAAUUCUGUGAUGCCCUUGACCGCUUCUCCAAUUUCUACAGCCAGAGUCAGAACCAUCCAGUCCGGGGGCCACAUCGGCGGCUGCAGUGGACGUGGCUGGGCCGGGCCGAGGUGCAGUUUGGGGGCCAGACCCUGCAUGUGUCCACCGUGCAGAUGUGGCUGCUGCUGAAUUUCAAUCAGACAGAGGAGGUGUCAGUAGAAACCUUGCUGAAGAAUUCUGACCUCACCCCACAGCUGCUGCUCCAGGCACUCCUGCCCCUCACCUCUGAGAAUGGCCCUUUGACCCUGCAUGAGGGUCAGGACUUUCCACAUGGGGGUGUGCUGCGAGUCCGUGAGCCUGCGCUCCGGCCCUGUGGGGAGGCCCUGUGGCUGAUGCCUCCCCAGAAGUACCUGGAUGUAAAGAAGGAUGAGGGUCGAACCCUGGAACAGAAGAGGAACCUCUUGAGCUGUCUUCUUGUCCGUAUCCUCAAAGCCCAUGGGGAGGAGGGCCUCCACAUUGAUCAGCUGGUUUGUCUGGUGCUGGAGGCCUGGCAGAAGGGCCCAAACCCUCCCGGGAGCCUGGGCCGCACUGUUGCCGGGGGCGUGGCCUGUACCAGUACAGAUGUCUUCUCUUGUAUCCUGCACCUCCUGGGCCAGGGCUAUGUGAAACAGCGUGAUGACUGGCCCCAGAUGCUGAUGUAUGCCACCCCAGAGCCCAUGGGGCCCUGCCGGGGCCAGGCAGAGAUCCCCUUCUGUGGCAACCAAACCACCGAGACCUCCAAGCCUAGCCCAGAAGCUGUGGCCGCCCUGGCAUCCCUUCAGCUGCCUGCAGGCCGCACCAUGAGCCCCCAGGAGGUGGAAGGGUUGAUGGAGCAGACGGUGCGGCAGGUGCAGGAGACACUGAACCUGGAGCCAGAUGUAGCUCAGCACCUUUUGGCUCAUUCCCACUGGAGUGCUGAACAGCUGCUGCAGAGCUACAGUGAUAACCCCCAGCCACUGCUGCUGGCAGCUGGGCUGCGGGUGCCCCAGCCCCAGGCUGCCCCUACACACCCCGACCACUGCCCUGUCUGUGUGAGCCCCCUGGAGCCGGAUGACGACUUGCCCUCUCUCUGCUGCAGGCACUACUGCUGCAAGUCUUGCUGGAAUGAGUAUCUGACAACUCGAAUCGAGCAGAACCUGGUGAUGAAUUGCACCUGCCCCAUUGCCGACUGCCCUGCCCAGCCCACGGGAGCCUUCAUUCGUGCCAUCGUCUCCUCGCCAGAGGUCAUCUCCAAGUACGAGAAGGCCCUGCUGCGUGGCUAUGUGGACAGCUGCUCCAACCUGACGUGGUGCACCAACCCCCAGGGCUGUGACCGCAUCCUGUGCCGCCAGGGCCUGGGCUCAGGGACCACCUGCUCCAAGUGUGGCUGGGCCUCCUGCUUCAACUGUAGCUUCCCUGAGGCACACUACCCUGCCAGCUGUGGCCACAUGUCUCAGUGGGUUGAUGAUGGCGGCUACUAUGAUGGCAUGAGUGUGGAGGCCCAGAGCAAGCACCUGGCCAAGCUCAUCUCUAAGCGCUGUCCCAGCUGUCAGACUCCCAUCGAGAAGAAUGAAGGGUGUCUGCACAUGACCUGCACCAAAUGCAACCAUGGAUUCUGCUGGCGCUGCCUCAAGUCCUGGAAGCCAAAUCACAAAGACUAUUACAACUGCUCUGCCAUGGUAAGCAAGGCAGCUCGCCAGGAGAAGCGGUUCCAGGACUACAACGAGAGGUGCACUUUCCAUCACCAGGCCCGGGAGUUUGCUGUGAACUUGUGGAACCGAGUAUCUGCCAUCCAUGAGGUGCCCCCACCCAAGUCCUUCACCUUCCUCAGCGAUGCCUGCCGGGGACUUGAGCAGGCUCGAAAGGUGCUGGCCUAUGCCUGCGUGUACAGCUUCUACAACCAGGAAACGGAGCAAAUGGACGUGGUGGAGCAGCAGACCGAGAACCUGGAGCUGCACACCAAUGCCCUGCAGAUCCUCCUGGAGGAGCUCCUGCUGCAGUGCAGAGACCUGGCCUCGGCCCUGCGUCUCCUGCGGGCCGACUGCCUCCACAUGGGCCUGGAGCUGCUCCGGCGGAUCCAGGAAAGGCUGCUCGCCAUCCUGCAGCAUUCCACCCAGGACUUUCGGGUUGGUCUCCAGAGUCCAUCAUUAGAGGCCCGGGAGGCGAAAGGGUCCAACGUGCCCAGUCGGCCCCGGGGCUCCUCGGGGCUGGAGACGGAUGAGGAAGGCGAAGACGACAUGCCCGAGUGGCAGCACGACGAGUUUGAUGAGGAGCUGGACAACGACACCUUCUCGUAUGACGAGGAGUCCGAGAACCUGGACAGGGACGCUUUCUUCUUCGGGGACGAGGAUGAGGAUGAGAGCUAUGACUGAGGGGCAGCAUGCAGGGAGCACCUGGAGCCGCCCAGAGCCAUGGGGCCAGGGGCCAGGAGUUCAUCCCCAACCACUGUCCUGGGGUGCUCGGAGGGGGCGGCUCCCAGCAUCUGCAGCACCUUCUGUUUACUGAAUAAACUUUUUUCAUAUA